AUGUAUAACAAUGUUGUCUCUUCCAUUGACAACAACAAACAGGUACUAAUAUUUGUUUAUGGGCACGGUGGCACUGGUAAAACAUUCCUGGACGACCAUUCUUUCCCAUUUGAGAUCUAUGGGCAAAAUCGCUUUGGCUGUUGCUGUGUCCGGAAUAGCAGCGCUUCUGUUACCGUCCGGUACAACUGCACACUCAAGUUUCUACAUACGAACAUGAAACUUGAACCCUCUAAUACAAUACCCCACUCCUCAAUGAAUUUAUCUGACUUUGCCACAUGGCUCUUAGCUAUUGGUGAUGGCCAUAUAGGUGUGCCUGACAAGGAUGGCCCACGAGACUCAAGCUGGAUAGAGAUCCCAUCUUCACUCCUAAUAUCACCUUCCCCUAAUUCAUUACAUACCUUAAUAGAUUUUGUGUAUGGGGACGAUACACUUAAUCAGCCGACUGCGUCACAACUUUUAGCAAGAGCAAUAGUUUGUCCCACAAACGACUCAACGGACGAGAUAAACUGUCAAGUUCUCAAAAUGGUCGCCACACCUGCCAGGGUAUACCACCCCUAUGAGCUUCUACUUAAGGUCGACUGCCCAAUAAUGCUUUUAAGAAACAUAAAUCAGAAGGAAGGUUUAUGCAACGGUACCAGGUUGAUUGUUUCACAAUUGUUACCAACCGUUAUUGAAGCAACGAUCAUAACGGGCACCUCGAUCGGAAAAUGUGUGUAUAUACCACGCAUAAAGUUCAUACACAAGUCAUCAAAUUUACCGUUCGUAUUCUCAGGCAAACAGUUUCCAGUCAAAGUUUGUUACGCAAUGACUAUCAAUAAGAGUCAGGGUCAAUCACUACGUAAGAUUGGAAUCUAUUUAUCACAGCCCAUUUUUGCGCAUCGACAACUUUAUGUUGCCCUCUCCCGAGCAACAUCACCGGAUUCGAUAAGAAUAUUACUAAACAACACUAAGCAAAUGACAACAAUUUCUAAGCUCAAAGCUGAGGGUAUUGGAGGCCCCUUACAGUUAGAAUACUACGCAAAUGGAAACACGAUAUCCGACAAUAUGAAACCUGGUACCUGGCUGUCGAUAAAUACGCAGAUGCAAUCCAAAUUCUUGGACAAUGAACAAACCAGAGCUACAUUGAAUCUGUUUUCAAUGUUUCAGAAUGUUACGUUAUAUUGGAUUAUAGCUGUCCUGAAUUAG